UGAAGCGAAAAUUUUAUUAUCAUGGCGUUUGUUAUUGACUUGCUAAUUAAAACGUUUGGAAUCUUUGCAAAAAAGGAUGACAAAUACUAAUUCCUAAUGAACUGUCACCGUUUUCUGAGCGAUUGUUUAAGACGAGUUUUAAAAUUGACUGACUUUUACCGAGGUUAAUGAAGCUGUAAUUCUGAAGCAGUGUGAGCGUGACUUGAGCGUGAUCGAACGUGGGAUACGGUAGAAAGGUUUCCUGAAUAAUUUUGAGCGAAUGAGGCCUUUCCGAUCGAUGCCCCUUGAACACCGACAGAGUUUCGUUUCACGUCAUCAUCCGUCAGACAUUCUUUCCGAAAAGUAAAGAAGUUACUACCGUCAACAGUUCAUCACGAAAUGAAAACCGGAUCCAAGAAGACAUCUUAUGAUCAAGCGAAACUGAACAACAACCGAAACUUCAAAGUGGUCGAAUGGACAUGCAACGGAGGAAUUAGCAAAAAGAACAAAUUACUCUACAACUUCGACGAAGUCGCGCCCGAUUUCCAAGAAGCUUUCGUCCUUAGCGGUUAUCGAAAGCCCUACAGCACCACCUGGGAAUGUUUACAAAGCCUCUUCUACAUUAACAAUGAGACUUUUAAUAUGUGGAGCCACAUCGUCGUGUGUUUGUAUUUUGUCGUACGGUACUCCGUGGUCUUAUUCGAGUUGGGAGGUUCGUCCUCGCCGAAACAAGAUUUUUAUUAUCCAAUGUUAUCCUCGGCUAUCGGGAGCAUCACCAUCUUCGCGUUGAGUGCAACAGCUCAUACCUUCAACUCACUGUCGGAAAAACUGCACAGAGUGUUCUACUUCUUUGAUUACGCCGGUAUAAGUAUUUACACUUACACCUCUGGUCAGGUUAUGUAUUUCUACAAUCGACCCAUUCGAACCGGGUGGAGAAUUUUCGAAUCUGCGUUGUUGUACACGAUCAUUGGCGCCAGUUUAUCUUUCCUGGCAACGUUCUUAUGCUGCCUGACUAAAGUAGGUUUACGAAAGCGCAGCUCAGCACUCCGAAUAAUUCCAGUGUUCGCUGGCUGGUUGAACACCGUGCUAUCCCUUGCAGUUGGCGUGACAAUGUGUAGCUGUCACGCUGGUACGGCAUGUCAAUCUUUCAUCGCCUGUAAUGAGCUGCUAAUCACGUAUUUUCGGCGUCACUGCUUCUGUUCCAUCUUGGGCGGGCUGAUUUAUGGGAGUAAACUUCCGGAACGACUUUUGCCAGGAAAAUUCGACAUCCUUGGAAGCAGCCAUCAUUUUCUCCACAUUUUUGGUGCUCUUUCCACAGAAUACGCCUUCAAAAUUCUUCUAGUUACCAUUGAAAGUCGCCAGGAUCCAAAAAAUGAAGUUUUGGCUAAGUCACUGGUUGGUAUAUCGGCCUGGGAGACAUUGUUUCCUACGGUUGUAGUAUUCGUCGGCAACAUCGCUAUAGCUUCUUGGUUUGCAAAGUCGAUUUACAAUUCCAAAGAUGAAAUGCACAGCAAGAAAAAAUGACGGAUACAAAUUUAAGGGCUGAGUUAUCAAUUUAAAAUUUGACAGUUCAAGGAAUCAUUUCCUAUGGCUUUGUAAUAUUCGUACCCCCCCNCCC